AUGAUUGGGCUCUGGGUGAGUCUCGCGGUCGGCCUACUGGCCUUCAGCGACAGCGUACGCGCAAUCGGCCAGGCUACGUGCGUCUCGUUCUCGCCGUCCUCCUCGUCUUUCCCCCUUGCCAGCAAUGGUGUUGCUACACCUAUUCUGCUCUCCGAAGAUGAAUGGGGUGGUGUACAGCGCGCUGCCGGCGACUUCGCCAUGGACAUCCACAGGGUUUCUGGCGUGAUGCCUCUGCUGUUCAAUGCGACGAUGCCUGCCACUCAGUCGAACCUGAGCCUUGCUGGGGCGCGUGCAAUCAUUGUCGGAACUCUCGGACAGUCCUCCCUGAUUGACGAAGUGGUAAACAACACUGGCCUGGAUGUUUCGAGUGUGGAAGGGCAUUGGGAGGCGUUCAUGACUCAGGAGGUCUCGAACCCACUGCCUGGGAUUAGCAGCGCAUAUGUGAUGAUUGGUGCCGACAAACGGGGCACGAUUUAUGCUAUGUAUGACCACUCUGAACAGAUCGGUGUCUCGCCGUGGUAUUGGUGGGCCGACGUACCAAUCAAGACCAAUUCCGAGAUCUACGCUGCGUCCUCAGGUUGCGCACAUGGCUCACCGACCGUGCAGUACCGUGGUAUCUUCCUGAACGAUGAGGCACCAGCGUUGACAGAGUGGGCUAUGGUUCGCUACACGAAUGGAACUGGCGCUCCUUUGACGGGCUCGCCGUUCAACCAUUACUUCUACACGAGCCUUUUCGAGUUGUUGCUGCGCAUGAAGGCGAAUUACUUGUGGCCUGCUAUGUGGUCUAGUGCAUUCGGUGUCGACGACUCGUUGAACCAGCCGCUUGCCAAUUGGUACGUGGACGCUCUUCGGAAGGGGCCAUGGGACUACAGCACGAACAAGGAGAAUAUCUACCCAUUCUGGGUCGAGGGUGCCCAACGCGGGAAGGACUAUGAGAACAUUUCACUGUCGGACUGCGUGGUGACGGUGAUGGCACUCGCGGGCGGUCAGGAUAUCCAGCUCCUUGAGCAAGUCAUCAGCGAUCAACGGACAAUCCUGAGCGAUACGUUCCCGGGCGUGAAUGUGACUACCAUCCCGCAGAUGUGGUGUCUAUAUAAGGAAGUGUUGGGAUAUUACGAAGACGGCAUGACCGUUCCGGAUGACAUCGCCCUCCUCUGGACUGAUGACAACUAUGGAAACAUGGAACGGCUGCCAAUCGUGUCUGAACGUGGGAGGAGCGGUGGCGCCGGGGUAUACUACCACUAUGACUAUGUCGGUUCGCCCCGCAACUACAAAUGGAUGUCGUAUCCAAUUAGCAAGACUUUCGAACAAAUGUCGUUGACGACUGCUCGUAAUGCUAAUCGCAUCUGGAUCGUCAACGUUGGCGACUUGAAGCCUUACGAGAUGGAGAUAGAGUUCUUCAUCACGUACGGAUGGGACACAUCCAUCUGGAACUACGACAACCUCGACUCGUUCGUGUCCAUGUGGGCACAACGUGAGUUUUCUCUUUCCUCCGCGGAUGCUGUCACUGUCGCGGGCAUUAUCGCCAACGUAACUCGCUUCAAUGCCAACUGCAAGCCCGAGCUCUUGAACGCGACGACCUUCAGUCUCACUAACUACCGAGAGGCCCAGAACAUGCUAGCUAUGUGGGAAGCGACGAACGCCUCUGCAACUGCCAUCCAGGCGAAAUUGCAAGACAGCAUGCUGCCCGCUUACUUCCAGCUCGUCUAUCACCCGGCAUUCCUCAGCGCAAACAAUUACGCCGAUCUUGUGGAGUAUCUUUUCGAAGAGGAUUGGAACUUGGAGGUUGAGUAUGACAGUCAGCUGGAUGGCAAAUGGGCCCACAUGAUGAGUCAAACACAUACACUCUACGUGUACUGGCAAGAGCCAUACUCGAACGCUAUGCCACCUGUGUCUAGGCAACAGCCAUACAAGCAAGCCCUUGCUGGUGUGAUGCGCCUAGCUAUCGAAGGCUCGCAGGGAGGAUGGCCAGGAGAUAACCAAUACGAUUGCGCACAAGGCUAUGGUUGCCCGAACCCUACAGUGACGAUCGAUCCUGCCCUUCAACUUCACGGCGACUACCAACGUGUCAUGGUUGACCCUGUCGCCGUCAUCUGGCUACGUCUCACUGAGUGCACAGAGCAAUACGUCUACGCUUCGGUCGACUGGUCUCAAUUGGAGGACACUACUUCGGCCAACGCGUUUGUCAACUUCAAUGCCACUGCUGCGAACCAGCCCAUGAUGUCUCAGCAAGUGUACUUCACUGCGAACUACACGAGUGCCCCGAGUGACUUUACUGGAUUCGUUGAGGGCGAUGGUACUGUGAGUAUAGAGGCCGCACACGCUGCAAGAAACGCAUCAGUAGAUGGCAUCACCUGGUUCGAAUUGCCAGGAUAUGGCCGAACGCUUUCCGCCGUCACCCCUUGGCCUCGCGGUGGAGACGAGACGAAUUUCACCGUCGGAACGGGCCCGAGCAUUGAGUACGACUUCUACACGUUCAAUAGCAUCGGAGGCAACAUCAGCGUGACUGCAUACGUCGCUCCGUCGCUGAAUGCGCUCGGGCCCGACAGGCCUCUGGCCAUUGGCAUGCAAAUCGACUCGGACGAGCCCCAGGUCAGCUACUACAUUCCGAACUCGACUCCGGGAACUCUUCCCGACGCUUGGAGCCAAUGGGUCUCGGAGAAUAUCGUCUAUGUACCGAUGAACUUCACCGCUACUCCCGGUGCACACACGCUGACGGUGUGGAUGAUUGAGCCGACGGUCAUACUGCAGAAGAUCGUGAUCGAUACGGGGGGAGUACUGCCGAGCUACCUUGGCCCGCCGGAGAGUAUUCGCGUAUGA